UCUUCUCUGUAAAAGGAAAGAACGAAAGAACGGUUAAACAAAAUGCGACGACACAAACUUUUUCUAUGAUUAUUCUUUUGUACCGUGGCCUGCUUUGCUUAUUCUAAAUAAAAACGACAAACCAUAAAGUCAUAAAAACAACGUGUAACAACGUGAGAGAUACCCGAAAAAGUUCCUACUUUCGCCAUGUAUGGUGGUUAUGUUCGCCAUAUAUCUGGCUAAUUUUAAUACAUAUGAAUAUAUACGUAUGCUUUUGAACGGUGAACGUGAACGUGAACGGUGCCUCGCAAACCGAAUCGGAAUACUCCGGAAUUCUGUAAAUGACUUGGCACGGUGCAAUACUAUUUUUAUACGAUAUCUACCACGUCAUCGUCAUCCAGUCGACACAAGAAAAUACGCUUUAACGGUAAAAUAUGUGCUCAUCGAGACUCAUCGACGUAACUUGGUAAUUCAACUAAAACAUGUCAGAAAUCAGAGUGGAUGAAAAAAUCGUGCGAAAGCAGUAUACAAACGAUGCUUGUCUUAUCGAUACACUCGAAAUCGUUGACGUAUUUGCUUUCGACUUCAGUGACACCGAUGUCUGGUUGUAUAUGCCGCCGGAAUAUCAAACGCAAUCCAUGGUUCGGAAUUUGUACACCUGGUUAAAAAGCGAACCGGAACUAAUUUUAUCAGGUAACAGGAAAUGUAUCGACACAAGGACAUUCACGAGACCUAAAAAACGAUCUACUAGAAUUAAUUUUGAAUCUAUUCUCGAAACAUUGUCUCCGUCUGUUGCAAACACACGGAGAAUUUCACGCUCAAAUUUGUCAAAUAUGGAAGAAGACUCGAGUAAAUAUCUAGAUACGCUUACCAUUGACAAAGACGAAGCUAUACCUCUUAUGCUAAAAGUGGCGCCUACGACGAAUAUCAGUCUUCUUUCCGACGAAACUUUAUCAGCGUCGGAUCAAGAAAGUAUGGAAAUUUUUUUAAAUAUGUCUCGUUCAAAGGGAAUCGAUUCUUUUAUUAAUUUAAUGGAACCUGGACUCUGCGAUCCACUGAUGAACAUCUCCCAACCAUCUAUUUUUUAUUCUUCUAUCACUUCGUUACCUAGAGCUGAUGCAUCGCAGAACGUUAAUUACGACAAAGAAGUGGAAAAUUUAAAUUUGACUUGUUCGUAUGGUCGACAAGCUGACAAACAAGAGGAUGCUAAAAGUAUCGACGAAACUUUUUCAACGAAUAACGAUUCGGACAACAAGAAACGGUACAGCCUGUAUUCGACGGACAAAAUAUUUACCAACAAAUCUGAUAAUAUCGAAAAAAUGGAAUUAAACGAGACGUACAAAGCAGAACCAGUGUCUAAAAUGCAUCGGUUGCCAAGUUCAGAUCGAGUUAAACACGGUACAACUACUUUGUCUUCCGCAAUUGUAAAUAAAGCUGACGGAAAUAUGAAAUCAUUACAAUCAGAAAAUAACUCGGAGAAAGACUUGUAUGUUUUGAAUGCUACGUAUUUUCCAACCUCUGAGAAAGCUGACGAUUCGCUUGUUUUAAAUGUUAUAUAUUGCGCGAAAGAGACAGAUGUAACGAACACAAACGUUCCUUCAAUCGUUGAAAGUGAUACAUGUAAAGACAAAAAAACUGAAACUUGCGACUUGGAAAGUAACGCAGUUUACAAUAGUUCAGAAAAUUUGAUCGAACCUUCUCCGCUUCCUGGAAAUUGUACCUCGUUUGCGAACGAUAGCAAUUUAAACUCUACGUUCAGGCUACCUAUUUUUCUCGGAAACGAAUCGACUCCAAAAAAUUUAGAUACGUUAAAUUCCACGUUUAAAAGUAGCGGUAAACAUUUAGAACAAACUCGAACGUUUAAUACGGUGUUUGGUUCAAAUUUUAAAACACCUACGUCAUUGAGAAGAGAAUUGUUGGCAGAAAUACACAGAAGCGGUGACCAUAGACUCGAUUGUACGUUUAAUCAUGCUGGUAAUGAAGUCCCCGAUGGAGAGACUAAGAAGGGAGUCGUCGACGAGGUCUCCGAUCAGAAUAUUAGGAAUGAGAUUCCAAUGGAAAAUAAAUAUAAUACGUAUAAAAAGGAAUCGUCCGUUAACAAAAGUAGCACUUUGAGCGAAAAUAUAAGCAACGCAGGGUCGUCUAUUCAGAAUUUGCAAGACAAAAAGUACUACACUUUUACGAAGAAAGGUAACGUUCACGGUGGAAAGACUGAUAUAGAAAAUACGGAAUCUUUAGAGAACGCGAACACUACGUUCGUGAAACCACUUUCAAACCUGCAAAAAAAGAAGCAACAUCUUCCACGGAUGCUUUCAAAGUUACCGCAAUUUCUUCAAAAGUCGAACCCCAACCUUGUAUACAAUUCCUUGAAAACUGUCAACGCGACAGGGUGUACGAACUCAUCCAGUAUCGGAUGUAUGAAAGACCCACAGCCAAAUAUCGCGAGAGCCGUUGAAAAAAGUCUAGCAAAUAAAUUGUACUCGUUAGGAAAAAUAAAAAGUGGUUCCGAGCAACGACUCUUAGAACUGAAUACAGGCGUAGGGGAACUUCAAAUGAUGGGUGCCGGAGGAUCUACGGAAAGUAUCGAAAGUACGCAGAGUGCUCAUAGUGCGCCAGAUCUGGACGAUAGGCUCAGUACAUGUUCGGAUAGUAGCCAUAAUUCGUAUACUGUGCGGCCAAUGAAUAUCGAACAAUUGCAUCAGAUAGUACGGAUGCAAGAAGAAAGUUUGAAACAAGAUGCAACGCCUCGAUUAAAUAGUCGAGGUCUGGAAAACACUUGGAUUGGGAUGCACAAAGAUUUACCUUCUCCUAUCAUGAAAAAUGGCAUCAAUAGUAGCGAAAGCAAUUCUACGUCACCAUCGAGUAUAGAUUUUAAUGUUAAAACGAGCUCUCCGAUACUAAGCCCUACCAGAUCUAGUCAGUCGAUAAAUACUGAUGGUCAUUCCGUGGAACACGUAUCGAAACAGCAGGAUGAAACAGGCAUAGUGAAAAAAUUUGAAACGUUUAGCAAGCCAACAAUGAAAAUUGAGAAUAAAACGAGACUGCGACAACCAACGAAUUGGAAUGCCGGAAACAGAACUUCAAACGUGAUGAGCGCUAUUCCUAGACCACAGUCGCGUAUACCAGCUCCCAGGUUUGUUAGGCCAACUGUAAAGAAUAUCCAAGAUGAUGUGAAAAGAGGAUAUACGUAAAAAUUCAGGCGGUACUAAUAAUUAAAUCAGGCAUAUGUUUUGAGAUAAGUCCCUUAAUUUAAUCUGUGUUCAUACGAUAAUUUGUAUAAAAGGUAUUUAGGUUAUGUCCUCGGCGCUAGGUUGCUUUGAAUACGAGAAAAGUUCGGUAUUAUUAUACUUUCAAAAUGACAAACGAUAUAAUUGAAAUCACAUUCUCAGUUCUUUUCUCUCCAUUUGUUUAUAUUUAAAGGAAACAAUGAAUUUAAAAAUGAAAUAAACUCCACCGAGUAGAAUAGUCUAUAGUAAGAGUACUUCAAAUUUGUCAUGCUAUGCACGAAGAUGAAGUGUAAUUAAGUUUAAUGGAUUGGCUAUGAGAUUAUCACAGAGUAUGUUUUAUUUAAAAUUUAAAUUAUUUAAGUAAACUAAAGUGGGGAACGUAGAUAAUUAGUACUGUUGUUUAGACCAAAAACUAGCCCUCUAAAUUAUUAUUUAUCUCAAUUGUUACCGACAUACUUUCGAUCAAUCGCUGAGAAUGUAAUAGCGUAAUUGAACAUUUUCAACGUGAGACAACAGUUCUUACAACAUGCGCAGAUACGCGGAAAUAAUUAUUUUUACGAGGAUAUUGAUCAAUACGAUAAAUGGUAUUGUAUUUCAACAAGAAUAUAUAUAUAUAUAUAUAUAUGCGUCUAUUCCAUUUGAGAAGUUAAUGAUAUACCAUUUAUAUGCUGUGUAUAGCUAAACAUAGAAUUUUGAAAAACGACUUUUGUACAAGUCGUAUGUUGCAAAAAAUAAUUGAGACGGUAGAGUAGACAGAUACGAAAGAUGCUUAAGAAUAUAAAUUUAAUCAGCGAUAAGCUCUCGUAUACAUGUAUCGUACGGAAAUUUUUACAUUUCAUACAAUGAAGCUAGAAAUAAAUUUGUAGGAAAAAGUUUUUCGCAAAUACAGAAAACGAACAACUUUGUAUGCAUAAGAGUCAAAGAUUUGAGAUUAUAAACAAAA